ACUACAAAAUGGCGGGUGAGGUUAUGCGAUCCUAAUCCAAGUAUUUACUUCUGCAGCCGAGAACGUCGUUUCUUUCCCAAAAAUUAAUGUAAAGAAUAUGUCGAAGUCGCGUAGAGGAAAAAGUGCAUCGGCUAACGAACUAAGUAGAUGGGAAACAGAACUGAUUCAAGCACCUUUCACUGAGGAAACUUGGAGUUCUUGUGUGUUCUUUGUUGUACCAAAUAAGGCUGAUGAUAAUGUCUUCAUUGAAACUAUGUCCGAAGUUGUCGCGACAGGAGUGAGGAAGUUGUUCAGCAUAAUAACAUAUGAAGGUCUUAUAAAGGACGUAAAAGAAUUUGGAAAAGGGCCUGUUACAGGAGGUAAGGGAAAGGGUGCAGCUUCAGCUAAACCACCUCAGUUCCAUGAAGUAUGUGAGCAAGUGAAACCAUUGGUUGAUCAAGGUGAAGUUAUACCUCCUACACUGAUGGCUAAACUCCUCAAGUUCAAGUUGUUACAAAUCAAGCAGAAAGACUUGGAGAGGAGAGAGGAGGAAAAAAAGGCUGCAAAGGCUGCUGAAGCUGCCAAGAAGGACGAAAAAGGAAAGAAGUCUGGAAGAAGCCCUUCUGCUGGCAAACGAUCAAAAUCACCAGGAAAAAAGAAGGGUAAAAAAGAGGCAGACAUACCUCCAUCACCGAAAAAGGAUACAAAACUGAAGAGGAGAGGAGAUGUGGAAGAUACAUUUAAGACUAUUGAUGAUGAGCCUGAUGAUGAGGGAAGCCCUCAUCACUAUGUAUUAAUCCAAGGUAUCCUCACAGCUUCAGUUAUUUCCAAUUUGAUUGAAGUAGGUGUCAAUGUUGAUGCACUCAUCUGCCUCAAAGCAGAGAAUUAUGAUAGUCUCACACCCACCACACACCAAAAGGAUGAGAACACAGCUGCCAAGGAAGAUGAUGUGGAGUUGUUGGAGAGGGAAUUAGUCAUGUCAGAGGAGGUUGCUCAAAGGCUGGAACAAGAAGCUUUGAUCAAAGCAUUUUGGGCUGAAUCACAAAAUAUCGUAAAGAAAGCUGCCUCUGGUCACAAGCUCAAAGACGUAGCCAAAUAUGAAGUUAGAAUUAAAGACAGCAUCAUGCCAAAAAGGAAUCUUCAGGAAUUAGAGGCAGAGAAAAAGGUUGAAUUUGGAACAGCAAUAUUUGAGGGUGUAGCUGAUGUGUGCUACAACAUGUUGGAUCAUUGGGAGCAGUACAAACAUUACCUUAACUUGAUGAAGUUGAUUCAUGUUCCUGUACAUUUGAAAGCUUCAGCAAGUGCUUUAGUCAUUCCACCUGCUGCUGACCCCCUAGGGUCACAAUCUACUACAGCUAAUCAGGAUGGUGGCAGUGCCUCAGUUGUGAUAGCAGAUGCCGACAAACGCUACUAUGAUCACCUGAUUAGCAGUGUACCACCUGAGAGCCACAGUGUUCCUCUUAUUCUUCACUGCUUGUUGGAGCAGGUUGUUGCAACAGUUGAUGAAACAAAUCCACUGGAUCAGGUUGUUCCACCAAGACAAGAUGGUCUCAGCCACGACCUGGCGGCAUAUAUUUCUUGUAAAACAUCUAAAUUAGCACUGCCAAAUGAUGGCAAACAGGCUAUUACUGAGCCUAUAGACACUACCAGACCUCAAAAACUUCAUGAAUCCCCGGUAAUCCUUCAGUAUGGUGAUGGAAUGACAUCCCGCCUACAUGAUCUUGUGCCAGCCAAUGGUCUUGACCCACAAGAAGCAGAAAAGUGCAUACUUGAUCUCUUUCCUCAAACCUGCCUCAAAGAACUGCCACAACUAGAUGGUCAAGACCUUGUGGAGCGUGAAGCAAGAGCUAGUGAGCUGUAUCAUUUUUGUAAGUCCAGGAUGAGUUCCUCUGACUCUCUGGAGCACAUACUGAAGCAAUUUGCUUUUGAAGGAAUGCUCUUGAAGGUUGCAGAUCACAAUGGAGAUGUUGUGGAUCUUGAGGAGGUAGAUGAAUCAUUCAAGUUUUAUUCAAACCUGUGGGACCACCCUUACAGCAAGCUUAGUGAGUUCCAAGCCUUAAGAUUCCCUAAUGAGGACUUAGAGAUAAAGAAACUUGCCAACGAUUCUUUCCUACUGACAUCUUUUCGUAAUCUUGACGAGUGGUGUUUUGUGGAACAUUUUGAUCCAAAAACCAUGAUACAGGUGUUGGAAGCUGCACGCCUUGCUUAUCCAUACAUGGACACUUACUAUCACAAGCGUGACCACACACUAUUACUUGCGUUACACAAUCCCGUGGGAGCCAGCUGUGACAGUAGAAGCAAGUUAUCCUGGAGCACUAAGCUCCACUCUAAUGUGGGCUUCAAAAACUACCUCGAACAUGUGGUCAGUUCUAUUGGGGACUGGAUUCAAGAACAGGAAAGAAUUCGAGAAGAAGCAGCCAGAACACCUACUCCUCCCCCACCGGCUCCAGAACAACCGAGCGUUCCCCUGAAGAUUGGCAGUCGGUAUGGUCUAAUGACCCGACAGGAAGUGGCUCUCAUAAAGGCAGAAGAAGAGGAGAAAAACAAAAAGAAAGGAAAAAAGAGCGCGCGGGGGUCCCGAAGUCCAAAGAGAAGUGCAAAGACUCGCGAGAAGAGUGCUUCGCCCGAGAAGAAGGACGACAAAGAUAAGAAGAGAGAUGGGUCAGCGUCUAGUCGGCAGAAAUCGGCGACGGGUCGAAGUCCUUCCGCAAAAGGCUCUCGUUCUAUCAAAAGCGCCACAAGCAAAAGAGGGCUCCAAAGCCGGUCACGCUCAGGGGAUUUGGAGGAGCCUGAGAUACAACCCGUGGAUGAACCUGUCGAGAAAUCUUAUAGUUUCAUUGGUUAUGACACAGGAGAUAAUUUGAUUCACGUGUCCGGGUCUUUAAUGACAGUUUUCCCGGCUGACGGUGGUCAAAUACAGGUUAACAAGAGCCAGUAUGUCCAGGGAGCCAGAAAAGUUUCCACGUCUGUGUUUAAAGAUGGUAAUAUGUUUGUGCUUCAUUUCUUGGAACCUAUCGAUGAGAUUCUGACAAAAGAAGAGCUGGAGGGUUUAGAAGAAAAGGAUGAUUUGCGGAUAGAUAAGAAUGAGAAAGAAGAAUAUAAGAACGAUGAGCUGGAAAAAAGCGAAAUUGAAGCUUCUGAGAAAGAACAACAAAAAAUCCCAAAGGGUCCAAAACCGUUUUGUGAUUUCAGCUCCUUUGUGGCCGAGCUCAGUGACGGUAUGGUUUUAGCACUCAGUAGUUAUGGCCCGUCAGGUUCCUUUAAAGAGAAAGAGUCAAAGGAAUCAGAAGAAACAGUGACAGGAUAUUUAAAGGCAGAUACAGUUAUGCCCCCCCAGCCUACGCCUAGUCCACAACCCAAAGCAGGAUCUCCAAAAGCGCGGAAGAGAGCAGAAGAAGAGGCUAAAAGAAUGGAAGAAAUACAACAGCAGCAGGAAGAGGAAAGACUCCGAUUGGAGGAAGAAGCGCGACGAAAGGCGGAGGAAGAGAAGCUAAGAAAACCAUUUCAACACGUGUUUAUCACAUGUCCUGACGGUCAGCAUGUACAGUACUUAAACGAUGACUGUUAUAAGAGUUCAAGUAGUAAGGGUGGAGUGGUUGUGAGACAGAGCUAUCCCAUCAGGCCUCUUGGGUCUGUCAAAGAAAAACCAGCAUCAGAAGAAAUCUCUCGCACCAUUAUGACUGAUGGUACAGUUAUUAGACUACUUACCGAUGGGAGCGUUCAAGUGCUAUUUCCGGAUGGUGCAAUAAGCAAAUGUGAAUCUUACCCUAUGAAAAAGGCCCCUUUUAGUAGCAAGCCAGGCAGUGCUGUAGCCAGACAGGACCCAUCGAUUACAGCAGCUAAGAGAAGCGUUCGUGGGCCAGGAACAAAUCCAAAACCAUUGGAGGAGCCUUUGGUGCCAGCGAUCUCGCUCCCUGAUAAAGUACCUGUAUGGUCUAGUACAGGUGUGGAUGGGAGUAAAGUGCUGAGUCUGCCUGAAGGAGGCUAUAAGACUGUUAAUGGACUGCACUGUUCCACAGCCACGUGUCCUCAAAGCGGACAGGUACUGAAAACGCGCGAGGAUAAUGUUGUCAUAAUUGAGCGUCUGGAUGGGACACGAAUUGUGGAACACGCGGACGGAACACGUUUGACGACAUUCUAUAAAAAGGUUGAACAAGAUAUUCACGUCCCUGACAAUGAGGCGGGAGAACAGGGUGUCUACUCUGACGUCACCAAAAUGUUCGUGAAGGUAGAAUGCAUAGGAUUCCCUACCCUAGUUUUUGAUCGUGAUCUGGGUUCGUGCGAAACUAUAUUUGGGAAUGGCACAAAAGUUGAUACACAAGCAGAUGGCGUGUGUAUUAUGUACAGACCUGAUGGGAGUCAGUUGCACAUAGAAGCAAAAGGUAUUGUGUCCUACUAUGGCCGUGACACGCAAAAUUUAAACAAAGAUUACGGGAACGCCAAGGCACCGACGGGGGUUUAUGUCAUGCGCACUGCCAAUCAACUCUGUUUUGAAAUGACGGAUGAGAGAGGGACACACUUUACUGUCUUGUCAAACGGUCGCAUUACAGUUGACAAGGAGGAAACUGAAUCCACAUACCAAGAUAUGGUUGCGAAGCCAGAUUAUGCGUCAAAUGAGAAGAAGGAGCGUUUAGAACCAGGGCCCUUAGAGAGAGCACCUGUAAGUCCCAUAGUACCUCGUUUUUUUGUAAUCCAUGCCGAUGGGUCAGGCUCUGAGCUUUUGCGCAGUGUUGACGUGCAGGAAUUCUUGAAACAAGCCGAGGAUGACCCAUUAACAGCUGUUUUAAGGAGCCCCUUGGAAGGACAUGCCGACGUAACGGGGAUCACUAUCGUGAAGCCUUAUUCCGGUGGAACUGGGAAGAUCUGGUUGAAAGAAAAAGAUGAGGGGCUCAUCAUUCCACCAGGGCUUAGAGAGAGGGACUUCAAAAUGAUGUCUUCGAGAGAAGUUGAAAAGCCAGGACCUGUAUUUGGCACUAAUGCUGGUAGCGGCCUUAGCGUUGGCUCCCGUGUGAAACCGACUCUCCUUCCUAAUGUCAAUUGUCCACGGGUUCUAGAGUUCCGUCAACUUAUUCAGUAUAAGCCGUUGACUCUGGACCAAAGACAGCAGAUGGUGAAGGCCAUACAAGCUUAUAGCGAUUACCUGGAAAAGAGACAAACAGGAUUGGACUACUUACUGCCAAGAGACCCAAGAAAUGAGAGUGAGAAGCUGGUUGCCGAGGAACUGGAAGAUAAAGUAAGGUUCCAUGAAAGUGCAGAUUAUAAAGUUAAGGCUCAUGGGAAACAAGGAAUAUUGUUGGAAGAUGAAAUACUAAACACAGCUGAAGCAUUCUCUGGCAAGACGAAAAAUCGGGAUAUCAGCCGCGCAUAUGUCGACGAAAUAACUCCAGACCCAGUCCUACCUCCUCCACCCCCAAAAUGGAAAAGAUCUUUGUCAGAGUGGGAGCGGGAUCAAAUAGAACUGGCCGAGCUGGAUUAUGGGAAACAUGCUUUAAGAUACAAAGAAGUUCCUCCCUAUUUCGAAACGAGAUCAGGGCAAGAGUUUCUGAAAGGUAUUCACAGCCCAAAGGUCCCGGAUAUGGAAGCGUUAACUUCAGAAUUAGCAAAUCAAACACGUCAUCCACCCCCUGGAGAAAGUAGCCCCGCUGAAACACCAGAAAUUGUUGUACACGAGGAAAGCGCUACGUCUGACUGCACAGGUGAAGGAAGCAAAAUUGCUCCUAGCCCUGAUGUUGUUCUCCCUGCAACAAGUGGAGAGCUUUCCUCGCAUCCAGCGGGAGAACCAAGUGCCACGCCAAACGGCAUAAGACCCACUAACCCCACUCCUGCGCACGCUACUGGUAACGGCACCCCCACCCCUGUCCGUCCAACUAAUCCUACUCCUUCACAGGCCUUCACGACCGCUAAUCCUCGUCCUAGUAAUCCAACACCUCGCCAGGCUUCUGAGCCUCUUUCCCAAGAUUCCCCCCUCCAGGGGGACUCCCCACAGUGGAGAAACAAUUUAGAGUCUGCUCAGGAGGUGGAUGUUCCGUCGUCGCAGGAGGAGAGAUUGGAAGGACCCAUCGAACCAGAGGACGCAGAUGGCUAUGAAAACGGUCCAGUGUUUUCAGUUGAAAUGCCGCACAUCAGUCCCAGAAGUUUGUACUUUGAUGUUACCGGAGAAACCAGGAAAGCUAAAGUUAAACUUCCCAGCUGUAUAAAGGGUUCUAAACCUGGAGCUCUUCCCAACAGCCAGUUCUACGAAAUUGAGGACCCCGUGCGCCGUCGUGUACACACAGUGUCUGUGACGGGUGGUGAUCAGCAGAAAGUCGAGAAUCUUCGAGGCUUUGAGUUGCUGCCGCCACAGGUGUCUUUUGGGGUGCUAAAGGAAGGCUGCACUUAUGUUCAUAGUGUACUACUGAAAAAUGUCGGCAUUGAUAGCUGUCGGUACAAGAUAAAGCAGCCACCACCAUCGACUGGCUUGCGUAUUCUUUAUCAACCUGGACCUGUGGCGGCGGGUAUGAACUCUGUUCUGGAUGUGGAGAUUUUUGCUGUGGCAGUAGGCGUGGUCGGAGAUAGUGGUUUAGGUCACGUGGGACAUCAUGUGGAAAUAGUUACAGAGACCGACAUACUUUAUCUUCCUGUUACAGCAACCAUCAUGACUGUGUACGAGUAUGAAAUCCGCUAUGGUGACACCGAGGAGGGCCUGGUGCAAGGAACGCAUCGCGUACCCAACAGGCCGCCAUCCAGAGACCCCACUCGGCCCCGUAAAGAAGGAGACUACGCUGUGAUAAAUACGUCUGUUUGAUACAAAGUUAAUGCUUCUGAAUCACGAGUGCUUAUGGAGUGUUAUCCCUUGUUUUCGUUUUCUUUUUUUUAAGGAGUUGUUUACUUAGUUCAGUGUUUCCUGCUUGUACAAAUGUAAUAGAAUUGUCUCAUAUAUUUAUAUGAAUUUGUAUGUUUUUCUGUCGUUUGGCUUAGCUUCGUACUUACAGGUUAGUAAACAAGUUUACAGCAAGAGAUGGGAGUUGCUGAUGUAUACUACAUCUGCAAAUUAGUUGUGGUUAUUACAGUGUUCAGUGUUCUUCAUCUA